UUGCGCCGGUUUGCAUCAGGGCGUCGCGGGGCACGUCGAAAUAAGGCUCGAGACAAGAAAACAUAAGAUAGUCGAUGAAUUGCGACAUUAUCUUAAUUCCUAUUUGGGUUUUGAUAGCCACAAGUCAAGUUGACUAUUGGCCAGGUGCCGAACCGAGCUAAUCCAUCUAUUGCAUUCCAUCACUUGCCUAACCGUAUGUGAAUAAUAGAUUACUUACCAGAGAGAUCGGGGAGGUCAGGGAGGUCAGGGAGGUCCAUAGGUAAGGUGUGCUACGUCUAGUACAUUAAAUACCUGACGUCGUGCGCUGACCCUACCUCGAACGGACGACUCCUUUCUUUCUAACCAUAUUUCUAUUCAUAUUAUCUCUGUGACUUGUGAUACCCACCUCCUUUCCCUCUCUGCAAAGUGCUUCGCCUCAGACAUUCAUAUCUCCAUAUCUAUCUCGUCUCUUCCAUCUCAAGUUUUAUCAUACCUUAGCUCGCAUCAAUCACAAUGGCUGACUCCAGAGCUGCUCCCCUCCGCCUUGGAUCUAUCGCUCCUAACUUCCAAGCCGAGACUACCAAAGGUCCCAUCGACUUCCAUGAAUUCGUCGGCGACGGUUGGGUUGUUUUCUUCUCCCACCCGGAGGAUUUCACCCCAGUCUGCACCACAGAGCUCGGUGCCUUUGCCAAACUCGAGCCAGAGUUCACCAAGCGAGGUGUCAAGCUGAUCGGUCUAUCCGCCAAUACCCGCGGCAGUCACGAGAGUUGGAUCAAGGAUAUCGAUGAGGUUACAGGCGGUCACGUCGCCUUCCCUAUCAUCGCCGAUAAAGAUCGCAAGGUUGCCUAUCUUUACGACAUGAUCGACUACCAAGAUACUACCAACGUUGACGAGAAGGGAAUUGCCUUCACGAUUCGCUCUGUGUUUAUCGUCGACCCGAAGAAAACCAUCCGAACCAUCCUGUCCUACCCAGCUUCCACUGGCCGAAACUCAGCCGAGGUCCUGCGCAUCGUCGACUCCCUCCAGGCCGGAGACAAGCACAAGAUCACCACGCCGAUCAACUGGGUUCCCGGCGACGACGUCAUCGUUCACCCCAGCGUCAAGAAUGAACAGGCUAAGGAACUGUUCCCCGAAUUUCGCUCCGUCAAGCCAUAUCUUAGGUUCACACCUCUACCUAAGGAGAAGGCCACUGUCUCGUAAAAAUUUGGGUUGUGGCAUGUGGGAGGUAGUUGCACAGCUCUAACCUAGCAGUAUUAUUAGUAUAUGAGAUGCUUAGACGAGCUUGCCUAAGAUGUCGUAUCGUAGGGUAUUUCCGAUGGAAGAAUGAACCCCUGGCUUGACGCUUCUCAAAUUAGGUACAAAUAAUAUAAAAAAAAAUAUCGAACGAAGAAAGGAAGAAUUUUCCAACUUUUAACCUUCCUUCUUGUAUCGCUUCAGCUUGGAAUGUCCAUUAUUAUUACCUCCCUAUGUAUAUGCCAAUGUACGAUAUAAAGUAAAUUUUUCGGGUUUUGGUUCAAACAUUAAACAUCAAACAUUAAUUUAUAUAUUUGUAUAGGACGUUCGGAAGCACAUACGUAUUUUUUGUCUCCUAAUUAGGUCUCCGAUCUUGGAAUAAAUCUUGAAAAGCGAUGAAAAGGAAGCACAUUUUUAGAGCUUUUAUAUCUAGUCACCGUAUAUCCAGUGUGAUGUUAUAGACAUGUGAUCAU